AUGGAAUCGCUAAACAAGUCGGUAAACAAAGACUCCAUACUCGUGACGUACUUGCGCGGUGGCGCCGGAUCUCCAAUGAAAUCGCCAGGAAGCGACAGAUUCUCUUGCAAUUACCAGCGCAGCAGCAGCGGGAGUUCCAGGUCGCCGUUGUCGCCGCUUCAGAAUGUGAAGACGCCGAUGAUGGCGGAAGAUGAAGUUCUGGUGAUGGAUGGAGUUCUGGUGUCGCCAUUAGUCGGAAGUCGAUCAUCAUCCAACUCUUCCUCUUCUUCUUCGGGAAAGAGCGCGUAUAAGAAGGAGCUUUGCAGAGCUUGGGAGGAUCUUGGACACUGCCGCUAUGCCUCCAAUUGUCAGUAUUCUAAAACUGGCUUAUGGAAAUCUGUACCUGAAAAUACACCUGUUCUUUUGACCAUUGCUGCUUUCUAUUAUGCCAAGUGUGUUACAAUUGUCUUUUGCAUUGAUGCAAGUACUACUCUCGUUCUUUUGUCAAUUGAUGAGGAUGCUUGUUACAUGCAGUUUGCACAUGGAAAAGAAGAGCUUCAUCCAACUCAUUUGCCCAUCAAAAACAAAGCAGUGGUACAUACUUGCAAGUCAUAUGCUAGCAGUCCCAGAUCAAGUCCAUAUGUCUCAAAGUGCCGCAUUAUUCCUCCUGCCUUGACAAAAGUAGCAGUUGCAGCAAACCAAACAGCCUUCUCUGCCAUGCCAGAAUAUGCCAGCAUCAGCCCCAUCACCAUCUCAUCUGAAAAAUCCAGCAAGGAUAGUAGCACUCCAAUCUCCACACCCGAUCACUUUGGCAGAACCUAUAUCCCUACCAGGCCAGAACAUUGCAACAAAAGCCCAGCUGGUUACAUCAAAUCUGAAGAAUCUAGAAUGGUUAUCACUGCCACCAUCAGCUUGGACUGCUGGUUACCAGAGGAUGAUGGCAUUGAGAUUGCCUUGCCUCAUCAAACUGACAAAUUCAUAUCAAGGGAAGAAGUAGAUGCCCAUAUUCACAGUGUUCUUUAUGGUCCAGCUACAAAGAAGAGGUUGCCUGUGUUCCGUGAAUUGUGCCCUGGAUAG